CGGCAGGCUGGAGCCCUGGUACUCCUACACCCACUGGUUCCCCAUGGCCUCGUCCCACGUGAGGAAGCCCGGUCCGGAGCCGGUGCCCCGCAUGCAGCCCGCCAUGAUGAUGUUCUCCAGCAAGUACUGGUCCAGGAGGGGGCUAUCUCUGGACUCGGCCAUGUUCCACCAGCAGCAGCAGCGUCACACCGGGGGGCAGAUGUCGAGGCGUCCAUCCUUCUGUCCCAUCAACGAGAUGCCGGACAAAGAGAGCGCUGAGGAUUGUGGGAAGACGGCGGUGGUGUUUUCUCUGAAGAACGAGGUGGGCUGUCUGGUCAAAGCCCUCAGGCUCUUCCAGGAGAAGCAAGUGAACCUGAGUCACAUCGAGUCUCGGUUGUCAAAGCGAGUCGUGAACGAGGUGGAGAUCUUUGCCGACUGCAGCUGCAGUAAAAAAGAGUUUGAUGAGCUGCUGCAACAUCUCAGAGACCACGUGAACAUCAUCUCCUUCAACACACCGGCACACGUGUGGUCUGCGGAGGCAGAUGGAGACGAUGUUCCCUGGUUCCCGAUGAAGAUCUCUGAGUUGGAUCAGUGUUCCCACAGAGUGUUGAUGUAUGGAUCAGAGCUGGACGCAGACCACCCUGGCUUUAAGGAUGAAGUUUAUCGGCAGAGGAGGAAAUACUUUGUGGAAGUGGCCAUGAAUUACAAAUUCGGGCAGCCCAUCCCUCGUAUCGAGUACACCCCAGAGGAGGUCAGGACGUGGGGAGUGGUCUUCAGAGAGCUGACCCAGCUGUACCCGACUCACGCCUGCAGAGAAUACCUGGAGAACCUGCCGCUGCUCAGCAAAGACUGUGGUUACCGAGACGACAAUAUCCCCCAGCUGGAGGACGUCUCCCUGUUUCUCAGAGAGAGGUCUGGUUUCACUGUGCGACCAGUAGCAGGUUACCUGUCCCCCAGAGACUUCCUUGCUGGUUUGGCCUACAGAGUGUUUAACUGCACUCAGUACGUUCGUCACAGCACCGACCCGCUGUACACACCUGAGCCAGACACCUGCCACGAGCUGCUAGGUCACGUUCCUCUGCUGGCAGAUCCAAAGUUCGCUCAGUUCUCUCAGGAGAUCGGACUCGCGUCUCUGGGAGCUUCUGAUGAGGACGUUCAGAAACUGGCCACAUGUUAUUUCUUCACUAUUGAGUUUGGACUCUGCAAACAGGAAGGUCAGCUGAGAGCUUAUGGAGCCGGUUUACUGUCUUCUAUUGGGGAGCUGAGGCAUGCCCUCUCAGACCGGGCCCGGGUGAGGACCUUUGACCCCAGGACCACCUGCACCCAGGAGUGCCUCAUCACCUGCUUCCAGGACGUCUACUUCGUGUCCGAGAGCUUUGAGGAGGCCAAAGAGAAGAUGAGGGAGUUUGCGAAAUCGAUAAAGAGGCCAUUCUCUGUGUACUACAACCCGUACACUCAGAGCAUCGACCUGCUCAAAGACACCCGCGGCAUCGAGAACGUGGUGCAGGACCUCCGCAGCGACCUCACCACGGUGUGUGACGCGCUGGGGAAGAUGAACACCUACAUGGGCAUCUAACACCUGAGGCUGAGCUCUGAUUGUAAACACCGCCUGUGUUCAUGUCUCUGAGCUCUGAUUGGUUUAAACAUCACCUGUGUUCAUGUCUCUGAGCUCUGAUUGGUUUAAACAUCACCUGUGUUCAUGUCUCUGAGCUCUGAUUGGUUUAAACAUCACCUGUGUUCAUGUCUCUGAGCUCUGAUUGGUUUAAACAUCACCUGUGUUCAUGUCUCUGAGCUCUGAUUGGUUUAAACAUCACCUGUGUUCAUGUCUCUGAGCUCUGAUUGGUUUAAACAUCACCUGUGUUCAUGUCUCUGAGCU